UGCCAUCGAAGUCGCACGUGAGAGCGAGGAUGAGAUCUGACUGGAAGUUGUGUUCUUGUCGUUGGUUUUUCCAUUUAAUUUAGAUGUGAGAUUUAAGAUGGUCGAGCACGCUUGAAAGGUUACUUGUAAAAGAAAGUUAAAUAUAUUAAGCCUUUUACAGCCUUUAUAGGAAAAUUAUUUUAUUCCUAGGCAUCCCUUGUAUUGAAUUUGAGAUGUUUCUCAUCAAAAUAUGCUGAUCUCUACAUUAAGUAAUUCACUUCAGUAUUACAAAUGCAUUAGCUUUAACGGAGAGCUCUGUUUGAUCUGUGGGUGGAACAUUGAUUAGGAUAAUCACGCUAAGCCUACUUUUGUACACAGUCACGCGUUUCAGGAGUUAUUUAUGUCGUAUUCAUAUGGAGCAUUCUGAAAUGAAUUAUAACCUGCUAUUAGUCAUGUCUUCUUUUGAAUUAUAACCUGCUAUUAGUUGUGUCUUCUUUUGAAUUAUAACCUGCUAUUAGUUGUGUCUUCUUUUAAAUUAUAACCUGCUAUUAGUUAUGUCUUCUUUCCUGGGCGAUAACACAAUAGGAUAUUAGACCAACUGAAAUAAGUAAUGUAGAUGUUUUCAAGACAUCUAGAAAAGAAAAACAAAUCAGGUCUCUCAAAGCUUUGGGAUGAUUAGAGGGUUUCAAAGCUUUACAUGUCUGACCUGUGGUCAUCUGAAUCACUGUCCGCGGUGAGAAUUAAGCGAUGUACCCCACCUUACCUUCCGCUUCAGCACAAAGCUCCCUUCCAAAAGAUCACAUUACUAUCUACGUCCUUUUAGCAGGUGUGGUGGGAGGUUUGAUAUUAGCGGUGGCUGUGAUGGUGUGUUGUAAAAUCUGCCUUCGAAAGAAAAAACCAUUGACAAGACAGCAUGUGGUCUUUAAUCGUGGUUCCGAACGCCAACACUCGAGGGCGCGCAAGUAUCAUAGCCUCGAUUCUAGUAUUAGUGUGGAUAUAGAAACUAGCUGUGGUUUCUCGGACAACAACUCGUCUCCAAGUAGCAAGGAGCCCAAAGAACAGUACACACUGGAGGAAUACCACCUUCCGGUUUCUGGGUGUGUGUCACCACGGUCCUUGUCGGAACAGCUACCAGAAAUUCCGGAAACCAAAAUACCAGAAUUAGGUUCUGAGCAUAAAUCACCGGUUGAAAGUUCCCUCGGUCCAGCAGGAAGCAGGAGAUCAUCUGGAGGUGGAAUCCAACGACAAGCCUCUCUCUGUAUAUCAGAUGAAGAAGAUGCUGAAGCUACAUUACAGCGUCAAUCGAUUGAGUCAGAUCAGUCGGUUCUUUGCGAAAGCUUGCCAUCUAAUGAAACGGGUGAAUCUAAUGGUUCGAGAGCGCACAGUCCUGGUGAGGUUGAAAUGGGAGCUGGCGUAACCAAGGUAUCGGUUGUGGUGCAUCAUCACGCAGAACAUCCAGAGGCUGUAACCAGCGAAAGUCCGACUGACAGUACGUUGGUGCCAAAAGAAGAACAAGAAUCUUCUCAGUAUAGCCACUCCCAUUCUUCUCUAGAUUCAAGUAGCACAAAGACAGUCAUAGCACAAGAGGCAGUCGGCAAACGUAUUGAUGUUAAGGAAUCCUCUUCGCAAACCAUUUGGUCUAGCAUUAGUGCUGUUAUCCUAGAAGAAUACUUGGAAGUAACAGAUUCGUGCCAACAGUCGAGUGUUGAUAGUACAAAAUUAGAAAGUUACGAUCAUGUUUCAGUUCCUUCCCAACAAACAGCCGUUGAAAGUGUAGCAUUAGAAAAGUACGAGUGUCUUCAAGUGAAAGAAGAUCCACAUAUCCGAAAAAGGUCAGUCUCCAGUUUGGAUGUUGUGUUGGACGGGGAGGGCUGGAAGGAGAUUCCAACCUCUUUACGUGAAGCUAGAAGUACUGAAAAUGGAAUUCUAGAACGGAAGUUGGAAUUAUAUCAGGAAGAAAAUCGUAAAAAAACUGUACCUCAUUCAAAUAUUUCCAGUCCUGAGCAGGAGAGUACAGAAACAUACAAGAUUCGUUACCACGAUACAGGAAGUAAGGAGGAUGUGCGGGAAGAAACUAUAGUAAUUUCAUCUUCAGAAAGUGAGGAAAUGGAAGAGGAAGAAUUAGUCAAGGAGGAAUACGAUUUUGAACGUCAACAGUACCGUGAACUAUGGGAGCUUCGAGCUGCUUUUGAAGAAGAAGAACUUCAGGACAUUUCGCAAAUAGACGAGGGUGAUGACUUGACUGACAUUUGUCAUUUAGAAGUGUAUGAUACAGAGAAUAAGACUUUGGAGGUUUCAGGAGUGUAUGAUAAAGAUGGAGAAAAAUGUAUUUCUGUGAUUGAAACAGAACAGAUAAAAUCACCAAAAAGUCAGGAAGGUGAGUUGUCUUGUCAGACAGAAGGAAGAGAAUCUCAAGAGAAAGACAAGCAUGUAACUAAUGGUGAAAAUCAAGAUUCAUCAGCUGUUAAAGAAAAAUGCAAAGACGAUAGCAAUGAUCUAACUGAAGGAGAACAACUUCAACGAGCCACAGAAAGACCUCCUGAUCUGGAUCCAGUCAUUUUACAGGCUAGAUUGUUGGAUUCAGAUGAAGAUCCUGUUUACAGUAACGCGAGGUGUGAGCCAUCUAGGGAAAACCUAUUUAAGAUAACUAAUAACCUACUUCAUGUUUCUUCAUAUGAAUCUAGAAGACACAGUUAUCAAAAUCUACUUGCUAGACGCCUGGAAAGAAGGUAUGCAUCAGAUCCUAUACAGCCUACGGCCAACAGCACAGACAACAGUUUGGACAGUAUGGAAACUGAGGGUUCCUCUACUGAUAUCAGCAGAACAGAAGGCCACACAACAUCCAUGGAUUCUACGACCACCGACAACACUGACAGUACAGGAGAUGGGCAGUCGCACAUGUUGCAACAGAUGAAGGCAGAUAGUGGCUAUAAAUCCAUGUCUGUUGAUGGAAAUGGAAAACCUCCCAAACUAAGUCGGAAACAAAUCCAACCUGCCAUCGACGAAGAUACUAUUACAGUUCUUGAUUCUAUUCUUAACAAAGACUCAUUUUGCGUGAACGGCAUACCAGAGAUUAAAGAACCAAUAAAAUCUUUAGAAAGUUCAUCAGGAGAGCAAGUAAAAAGAAAAAUCGUGUCAAGCAAAGAACACCUGCUCUCUUUUAAUAAAGGUUCUGCUACUUCGGGUGAAAUUGAUCGAAAGAAGAUUAAGAGUGCCUUUAAGAAAAGAAGACAGUACUUAAAGAGCCGUCACGAUCCCGAGACGCUAAGCGAUGGUGAUUUACAAUGGCACAUUGAUUCUUUCUCGGACUUUCAAUCAGUUUCAGACAGUCGACAAGAUGUUCGAGCAAAAUCUUCAGUAUUUCAUCGCUUUUUCCAAUCGAACAGACUGCGCUUUGACAGAUUCCUUAUGCGUGACUACAGCGUUGACGAAAAAAGUGAUACUCUGUUCCGCGAGUUCGCACGAAGCGACCCAAUGUGUGAAGUAGAUUACAAUGUUUCAUCAAGAUUUCUGCAUGGACAUUUUCGUAUGUACCACCACUACUCUUACUCUCGAGACCAGAACAACACCAGCCCUAGAAUGUCCCGAAAAGCCCUCUCACCCCAGCUUAGCAUAGAGGAAGAACCUUUUGAAAGUGAUGAAGAACGACACUCAGCUGACGAAGACUGGCACUGUCGCACUGAAUCACUCAGUCGACAUCAACCGCAGGUAGCUCAUGCAGCAGGAAUUCCAGUUAUUCGACUUCCAAUGGAAAACAACUACUGAACAAUCGCAGCGUUAUUAUGAACUUUAGGAGAUCAGUAAUAGCAGCUUUUAAUUGUUUACGGGUACCAACAAAUUAAAGUACUGAGUGUUAUCAAAAUCCUGUCAAUUACUGUUAAUAAGAAAGAUCGUUUAGAAGUAAAGACAGCGACCGGAAAGCCAGACUUUUAGUGAGGAUAAAACUCAUCGUUGAAUGGUAAAAAAGUAAAUAGAAAAAAUCAGAGAGUUAACGUAUUAAUAACUUAUUUUAAUCUAUAACGAUAGAUGGGUGGUAUAAAUACUGCUUUAGAGCAAGAACAUGAGAUUCCUAAAGGCAAGUUAUCGACUCGGACCAUAAACAGGACGUUUACUGGACACCAGCCUAGACUUUCUAUUCAUAGGGUACAAUUCCUGAGGAAUCACGGACUUUGGGGGGGAACAACUGUAAGAGAAAAUUUCUGCUGUAAAAUGACGUAUUGUUGUUUUGU